AAAGGUUUCACUCAUCACUCACUUGAUCAUCAUAUACUCUCACAAUGUGUAGCACAGCCGGCAAAGUCAUCAAGUGCAGAGCUGCGGUGGCAUGGGAGGCAGGGAAGCCACUAGUGAUAGAAACCAUAGAGGUUGCGCCGCCGCAGAGAGGUGAAGUGCGUCUCAAGAUACUCUUCAACUCUCUUUGCCGUACAGAUGUUUACUGGUGGGAUGCAAAGGGCCAGACUCCCUUGUUUCCUCGCAUCUUAGGCCAUGAAGCUGCAGGGAUUGUGGAGAGCGUAGGCGAAGGUGUGACUCAUGUGAAACCCGGUGACAGUGCCCUGCCAGUGUUCACAGGAGAGUGUGGGGAAUGCUCACAUUGCAAGUCAAGUGGGAGCAACAUGUGUGAGCUUCUCAGGAUCAACACUGACAGAGGAGUUAUGCUUAGUGAUGGCAAAACCAGAUUUUCCAAAAAUGGACAACCCAUUUACCACUUUGUCGGAACCUCCACAUUCAGUGAGUACACCGUUGUCCAUGCCGGAUGUGUCGCGAAGAUCAGCCCUGCUGCCCCGCUCGACAAAGUUUGCGUUGUCAGUUGCGGAUACUGCACAGGUUUUGGGGCUACUGUGAAUGUUGCAAAACCAGAGCCAAAUUCUACUGUUGCUGUCUUUGGAUUAGGAGCUGUUGGUCUUGCUGCUGCUGAAGGGGCAAGGCUUUCUGGUGCAUCUAGAAUCAUUGGGGUUGAUUUAGUUCCUGGUCGAUUUGAACAAGCUAAGAAAUUUGGGGUCACUGACUUUGUGAACCCGAAAGAUCAUGACAAACCUGUUCAACAGGUCAUUGUUGAGAUGACUAAUGGAGGAGUGGAUCGUGCUAUUGAAUGUACUGGAAACAUCCAAGCUACAAUUUCAGCAUUUGAAUGUCUUCAUGAUGGUUGGGGUGUUGCCGUGAUUGUUGGUGUGCCAACAAAGGAUGCUGAAUUCAAAACUCAUCCUAUAAACUUCAUGGAAGGGAGAACUCUUAAGGGCACAUUCUAUGGCAAUUUCAAAACCCGCUCUGAUAUUCCUUCUGUUGUGGAGAAGUACAUGAACAAGGAGCUGGAACUGGAGAAAUUCAUCACUCACUCUGUGCCAUUCUCAGAGAUCAACAAAGCAUUUGAAUACAUGCUGAAAGGGGAAGGCAUAAGGUGCCUCAUCCGCAUGAAAGAGUAAAUCAAUAAUAAUAAUUAUGAUAAUAAUAAUGUUCUCUGCUUUGAGAACAGUAUUUGUAUCUAAGGAAGCAAUGAAUAAAUUUGGCAUGUAAUGUGGUUGUUGGGUUUGUGAUGUACAAGUGUUAAGAAGUAAAGGGGUGACCUGUGACUCAUUAAUUACUUACACAUUAUGUCUUUUGCGACUUAUAAUAUAAGUGUUGUUCAGUUUUUCUU